UCAGCAAAAUCUGGAAAAGAGUUUGAAGAGAGAAAAAUAAAAAUUAAAUGAGAAAAAGAAAAAGAAAAAGAAACGAUUGAGCAAAAUGGGGUGUGUGUGCAUAUGUGUUGGUGUAUCUGCAUGACACCAAAUCAGUGGAAGAGACUCAGAAAUCCUCUACCUCAAAAUUUCUCAUUUAUAAGCAAACCCAAGUUGGGAGAAAAUAUUCAUAUCAAGUGGCCAUGGGGUUGGAUUGAAUUUCCCUUUUUCUUCCUCUCCUAUCUCUGCUUCACAACUUUCUUUUUCAUGGAAGUUUUCACCUUUCACCCUCUCUUCUCUAUUUCUCUCUACAGAAUUCAACUUCCCUUGCCUUUCACUUUUUAGAUUGGGGACAAGAAUUCAAGGACUCAAAUUGCAUGUGGGUUUUCCAGAAUUCUCAUGUUGUUGUAAGGUUUUUGACUCACUAGAGACCUUUUCCUAUAAGACAUGGCAGCACCUUUUUCUUCAGCAUCUCUCUUUGGAAUCAGAGAAGAGGAUCAGAAUCAGAUGAAGCAGCAGCAUUCCUCAACCACAACACCAUCAUCCUCAUCAACUCCAGCUGCACCACCACCCCAGAAGAAAAGAAGAAACCAACCUGGAACACCAAAUCCAGAUGCUGAGGUGAUAGCACUAUCUCCGAAGACUCUAAUGGCAACAAACAGGUUUAUAUGCGAAGUGUGCAAUAAAGGGUUUCAAAGGGAGCAAAACCUACAGCUUCACAGAAGAGGACACAAUCUGCCAUGGAAGUUGAAGCAGAAGAGUAACAAAGAGCCAAAGAGAAAGGUUUAUCUGUGUCCUGAGCCCACAUGUGUUCAUCAUGACCCUUCAAGGGCUCUUGGAGACCUCACUGGCAUUAAGAAACACUACUCUCGCAAACAUGGUGAGAAGAAAUGGAAGUGUGACAAAUGCUCCAAAAAAUAUGCUGUUCAAUCAGAUUGGAAGGCUCACUCCAAAACCUGUGGCACCAGAGAGUAUAGAUGUGACUGUGGCACCCUCUUCUCCAGACGUGACAGUUUCAUCACUCACAGAGCCUUUUGUGAUGCUUUGGCACAAGAAAGUGCAAGAGAGCCACCUACUUUGAGCAGUGCCAUUGGCAACCAACUAUUUGGAAACAGUAACAACAUGUCCUUAGGCUUAUCUCAGAAUUUGGGUUCUCAGAUCCCUUCAAUCCAUGACCAAAACUCUCAACCCAGUGACCUAUUGCGUUUUUGUGGUGCACCAAGGACUGGUCCAUUUGACCACAUUCUCCCACCAAACAUGGCCUCACCCUUCAGACCCUCCUCACACCAAAUCAUGCAACUUCAAAACCCUCCAUUCUUCAUGCCAGAAUCAAACCAAAACUACCAUGACCACCAACAAGGUUUAAUCUCAAACAAGCCUUUUCAAGGAAUGAUACAACUAUCUGACCUCAACAACAGCAACACCCCUUCUGCCUCCAACCUCUUCAAUCUUCCUUUUCUAUCCAACCGAGGCCACACCCCCAACUACUCCGAGGAACACCACUUCAACCCCACAGAAGGCUCUAAUUUCUUCACAGAAGGCACCAUAAUCGGCACCGAUCACCAAACAAGCUCCGCCACUGCCCCUUCGGUUUUCAGCACCUCUCUCCAAAACACCACCAACAUGUCUCACAUGUCAGCAACUGCACUGCUCCAAAAAGCUGCUCAAAUGGGUGCUGCAAGUUCCAGCACCAACAACAGUGCCUCCUCUCUUCUAAGAAGCUUAGCAUCCAAAUCUGAUCACAGGCCACUCCUCAGUGCUGCAAACUACAGCAACAUCUUGAACUCCAGCGUGCAAGAGAUGAUGAACCUUCCCGGCUUCGAAGCAUAUGAUCAUGGCAUCACCAACAAGGAACCAAAACUCAGCGUUGGAGGCUCUGAUAGGCUCACCCGAGAUUUUCUAGGAGUUGCACAGCAACAACAACAGCAACGUGGGUUUAACUUGAGCUCUUUGGAAGCAGAGACAAACAAUGCGGCGCCGUCAGGUCAAUCUUUCGGAGGUGGAGCAAACUUUCAGUGAACAAGUACAAUAAGUUGUUGGACUUUGGUUGCAGGAAUGUGAACUUGAUCCAUUCAUAAAUGAGCAUCUAUUUGGAUCUUCGGGAGCAGCAUAUUUGGAGUUUCUGUAUAGAACGAGCUAGUUUCAAGAUUUUCAAACAGUUGAAAAUUGACUUCUUCCUUACAUCAUCGUACUUUGGAAAAGCUUAAAAAAAUUGGUAUUAGGAUAUUUCAAACAGAACUUGUUUCAAAAUUUUCAUGGUUAACUUAAUUACUAGAUUUUUCUAUAUAUUAUUAGACAAUGCUUUUGAUAUGAAUAAUAGUCAU